AUGUCAUCAAAGUUGUCCCGCCGGCGCCGCGUUAUUAGCAAAGAUAAAGCCGACGGUUCUGAUAAUUCCGCAGCUGAGGAGGAAGAGUUGAAGCUAAAAGAGCGUAAGAGUCUGUCAAAAAUUAGAAAUGGGAUAGCUCCCAAUGCAAGUAGCUCAAGUGUGAUAAACGAUAGAAGUGACACUAAGAUUGCAUAUGAUCCGGAGGAUAUUGUUGAUAGUUCAAAGGACCUGAGGUAUCCAUUGCUUACACUUAUGGAGGAAGUUCUUCUAGUAGGCCUAAAAGAUAAGGAGGGGUAUUUGUCUUUCUGGAAUGACAAUAUAUCGUACGCACUUAGGGGAAUGAUACUAAUGGAGUUGGCACUUCGAGGCAGAAUCCGUAUGGUGAAUGACCCGGCUAGAAGAAGAUUCGAUCUUCCGGAUCGGUUGAUUGAAUGCAUUGACUCCACCAUGACUGGUGAAACUUUACUUGAUGAGGCCUUAAAAUUGAUCAAAAAUGAUGAUUCUCACCUCAGCGUUGCCGAUUGGAUAGACCUACUUAGUGGAGAGACGUGGAACUUGAUGAAAAUGAACUACCAGUUAAAGCAGACCGAGAGAAAGAGUUUUCUUCUUUUCGAUAUGGCCACACAUCCUAUUCAGGACCCUACUGCUAAAAGGAGAGUAGUCAGCAGAAUUCUUUCGAUGCUAACCAAUCGUACUUUCAUCAUUGAGUAUGACGAGAAGUUCUUCCCUGAGACUGUGGGCGCCAAGUACAUAAGGUCAAUCUGUCUUGUCACUGGUUGCUGUGCUGCCAAUGUCCUUGAGAAUGUGCUUGUGGAUCUUGAUUUUGAUGCCAGAGAUCAGGCCUUUGUACGUGCGGAUGAACUGCUUAGUGAAUACAGUACGUAUCCAUUUUCAAGUAAGCCGGGAUCUUCCCAAAUCGGUACGAACCUCUACAAGGAAGUUCAGGCAGAAAUAGAGAAAGAGAAGAUUGAUCCAUUGGCAAUGGAGAUUGUCGCCGGUGUGAUAGACAUAUUUGGUAAAAUGGAUGCAAUUAUCUGA